GCUGUCAGGUCCCUGUAUGACCGGUGUCAGAGCUUGGUCCGCAUUGCCGGCAGUAAGUCGGACUCGUUUCCAGUGAGGGUUGGACUCCGCCAAGGUUGCCCUCUGUCACCGAUUCUGUUCAUAACUUUUAUGGAUAGAAUUUCUAGGCGCAGCCAAGGUGUUGAGGGGAUCCGUUUUGGUGGCCUUGGGAUAGCAUCUCUGCUUUUUGCAGAUGAUGUGGUCUUAUUGGCUUCAUCAGCUCGUGAUCUACAACUCGCACUGGAGCAGUUCGCAGCUGAGUGUGAAAUGGCCGGGAUGAGAAUCAGCGCCUCCAAGUCCGAGGCCAUGGUCCUGAGCCGGAAAAGGGUAGAAUGCCUUCUCCGGGUUGGGGAGGAGGUCCUGCCUCAAGUGGAGGAGUUUAAGUAUCUUGGGGUCUUGUUCACGAAUGAGGGAAAGAUGGAGCGGGAGAUCGACAGACGGAUCGGUGCUGCGUCAGCAGUCAUGCGGGCGCUGUACGGGUCCGUCGUGGUGAAGAGAGAGCUGAGCCAAAAAGCAAAGCUCUCGGUUUACCAGUCGAUCUACGUUCCUACCCUCAUCUAUGGUCAUGAGCUUUGGGUCAUGACCGAAAGAACGAGAUCACGGAUACAAGCGGCCGAAAUGAGUUUCCUCCGCAGGGUGUCUGGGCUCUCCCUUAUAGAUAGGGUGAGGAGCUCAGUCAUCCGGGAGGGACUCAGAGUAGAGCCGCUGCUUCUCCACAUCGAGAGGAGCCAGUUGAGGUGGCUUGGGCAUCUGAUUAGGAUGCCUCCUGGACGCCUCCCUGGUGAGGUGUUUCAGGCACGUCCCACCGGGAGGAGGCCCAGGGGAAGACCCAGGACACGCUGGAGGGACUAUGUCUCUCGGUUGGCCUGGGAACGCCUUGGAAUUCCCCCGGACGAGCUGGCCCAAGUGGCUGGGGAGAGGGAAGUCUGGGUUUCCCUGCUUAGGCUGCUGCCCCCGCGACCCGACCCUGGAUAAGCGGAGGAAAAUGGAUGGAUGGAUGGAUGGAUAUAUAUAUUUGAAAUAUAG